CAGUGAAAUACCUAUAAUGGAGCUCAGCUGUAUGGAGAAUGUUACAAAUACGACCGAUUGCAUCGCUGGAAGGGAUCGGGGAAUUUUCGACAAUACACGUGUUAUUAACAAUUUGCUAAACGAUGAAGUAUUUUGUAUUCCUAGAUGUGAUUAUUUCAGAACUGUUCAGAACGACAUUCAACCGUUUAUGCGAAAAGUUGUCACUACUUGGAUGCUGGAGGUCUGUGAAGAACAACUGUGUGAAGACCAAAUUCUUCCUCUAGCUAUCAACGUGAUGGAUCGCUUUCUGUGCGUCUGUGUAAUCAGAAAGCAGCAACUGCAGCUAUUGGGUGCCACCUGUCUUCUGAUAGCAUCCAAACUUCGAAGCACAAACUUACUUCCUGUGGAACUCUUAUGCGCUUACACCGAUUACAGUGUCACGUACGAGCACAUUGUGAGCUGGGAACUCCUAGUACUCUCGAAACUUCAAUGGAACGCCUCAGCAGUCACCGGAUUUGAUUACAUCGACCAUGUCAUCGAAAGAUGCUCUUGGAGCAACGAAAGCAGUUUAUUGAGAAGACAUGCCCACACAUUGGUCUCCAUCUGUUAUACAGAACCCAGUCUGAUCCAGACGCCGCCCUCGGUCAUCGCUGCCGCCUGCAUCAGUUCCGCCGUCCGAGGCCUCAAGCUUUCCUCGACAGAGGUCGCUCUGCACGACAUCUGCCGCGCGCUGAACGUCAGCCCGAGGACAGUCGAGUUCCUCGUAGGCCUCAUCGACAAAGCGGUGUCCAAAGUGGCGCCCCCUACGCCCGAAAGGACAGAAACUAAUGCGGUCAGAGGGUACGAGAGUCCGCGGUACGGCCAGCCGGAAACGCCGACAGAGGUCGAGAACGUCUACUUUUGAAUGUGGCGUUUCUUUCCGUUCCGUGUGCUUGUGGUCCAUGGGAAUGGACUCCUUUUUGGGCAUCUAUGAUUCGGCGUGUGGCUUCCUCUUGGCGGGAUAGCAGUUAUUGGCUCUAUUUCGAAUUCAACUGGUCAGUACUGUCAGUGGAUCCACGAACUCUGCUGAAAAUCUGCGUUCCGAAAUAUAAAACUAAAAAUACAGUGCUGUAAUUCGGAACACUUCUGGUAGUUUCUCGUUUAUCUGAACUAGAUAUUUGACCGUCAUUGAUCUGGCUAAUGCUUCUGCUUGAGUUAAAUUUCGAAAAUUUGAUAUUCAAUAUGGAAGAGCAAUCGAUUCUUGUAGUUGUAGCCUCCAUAAUUUCUAUGAUUGUGAAUGAACCUUUUUAUUCAUAUGUGCUAAUAAAUACUUACCUCUUUCUUUCUGCUAAUGCUGCUGCUUUUCUGCUCUACUUCAAACUGCAUUUUCUGAUAUUAGAAAUUAUAUUAUUAAUUUAUUAUUGAUAAGACAAGACUUGAUGUUCAAAAUCAACGGGUAAAAAUGUAACAUUCCUUUCCCCUCUAAAGUGAUUUCAGAAUGGAACAUCAGCAGACUCAGUACUGUCAGUUGAAUUCGGAAUAUUGCCAUUUACGCCUUAGACCAUACAGGAUCUUGCUUCCCUCAUAUGGACUAUGGAGUGCUAGUAGUAAUCCCAGAAACACGCUAUCAUUGUAGGAUACAAAAUAUUUUCAUUCUUUACUAAGGCGGAAGUUUUAACGAUUAACAAUAACGCAUGCGCUAGCGAAAUUCGAACGUCAUCGUAUUACACUUGAAGAGAAUAUUUAUUUCGAAAUUGAGUGCAUUUGGUUAACCGGUUAACGGUAUCCAAUCAGAGAUAGGUGACUUAUCUCGUUACUUAUCCUUUCCCCAAUAUACAGCUGACAACAAUAUUACUAGCUGCAAUAUGUAUACGCGUUGAUCAUCAGUCCGAGGUCCUCGUGGGCCUCAUCGACAAAGCGGUGCACAAAGUGGUGCCCCCUACGCUCGAAAGGACUUAGACGAGUGCGAUGAGAGGGUACAAGAGUCCGCGGUACGGCGAGCCGGAAAUGCCGACAGGGUUCGAAAACGUCUACUUUCGAAUGUAUCAUUUCGUGAACUUCCAGCUCACUAUAAGUCGGCGUGUGGCUUUCACUUGGUAAAAUAUCAGCUAUUUACGCCUCAGACAGGAUCGUUCGAUUAUUGACUCUCGGAGUACAGUAAAAUUUGUUGACGGUUUUAUCAGUUUACUCUGAGUUAAUUACUACCUAUUCCAUGUAGUAUUCGAACGGAAUUUUGGAUGUUGAUUGAUUUCUGAGAGUAACAUAAACAUGUAGGUUAUGUUAGUCAUGUUUGAACCUCAUUGUCACUUUUCAAAGAUUUUAUGAUUUUUUCAAUAUCGUAAUAUGAUUCAAUUCAUUUUUAAGUCAGAUCAUAUGAUGUUGAAAAAAGUACUUACUAAGUCUUAAUUUUUUGAAGAUAUAAAGACAGUCAUAUACACAGUUGCUGAUGUAAUCAUGAAUACUACUGGUCCUCCGAGCCGGAUCAUGUAGGAUUUUGCCUACCAAAAAAGGGGCUGGUUCCUCCUUGAUGCAGUUAGUGUAAUAGUUCAAUAAAUAAAUUAUAUUUUUGUACCCAAUUUCAAAACAUUUUUUCUAUACAUGUUGUUCUACAAGUAGUGUGAUGAGAUGACGUUCAAAUUUUGAAAUUGUCUUAGUAAAAGAUGUGCAUAUUUUUUAUCUUUUUUAAUGUUGGUGUGUUUCUGGGUUUAUUACUCCACAAUAAAAAAUACCUACUUCUAUGGAAACGUUGGUAGGAAGCCAUAUGGAGAUAUAGAGAAUUGCAAAUCAUUGCUGAAAAGGAGUCUAGUGGAUUAUUAUUUUUCGUUGACUUUGCAAAAGUGCAAAUUUGUUUGUGUUAUUUAAUUUUUUAAAAUUAAUUUUAUCGAUGAAGUUUAAUGUGUGUUGUGAAACAAGUAGCCAAAAAUUUGUUUUCUCGAAUAUCACCACUGAUGAUCUCUUGUGUAACCAGUAUGUAAAGUUCUAGUUUAGUAUGUUCUUGAUUUUAACAAGAUUCAAGUUCUUAUGAUCUCAAAAAACGUUUAAUUUUAUAUUUUACCUCCGAUAGUGGUGUCACAAAAGUGUUUUAAUUUAUUAGUUUGUGGUGUCAUUAUGUUUUAAGUAUUUUAGUUUUAUAGAGAAUACAAUUCUGUGAUCUACCGAACCAUUUUCAAAAUUUUCACAAAAAUUACUGGUUUAGAAAUUGUGCACAAAUUUAUUUUGGAAAUACUUUUUGGUUAUUGCAUUGGUUUGUUAUCUAGUCUCUAGUUUUUUGUAUUUGUAAUAGUUAAUGAGAAUCCACAAAUAAUAUAACUACAAUUUUUCUUGCCUAUUCAACUUUUUUGUAUGUAUCAAUGUUAUGUUAUUGGUGGAUGACCAAUUAUUUAUUUAGAUUAUCUUAAGACCAAAGUUUUCAUGAGCCCUGGUGUUCCAACAGUAUUUAUUUUUAUAUGAAUUGACUUUGUCAAUGGACUGUAUAUACAAUUUUAUAAUAAAAAAUAUUGAAUC